AUGGAUCGUACCGAAAACAAUAGCAACGAAUCACUGCCAAGAGAGAGGAAGAUGUCAUUUGAAUAUUUGGAAAGGAGUGCCAAAGGUUUAUUGCUGAAUAAUGAUGGAUCAUUGGAGGAAGAAGGAGAGGAAGAAAAUACAAAGGUCGAAGAGGUCAAAUACAGGUCAGGUAAAGCAAACCUCGAGACUGCUGAUGAUGAGGUCACUCUAACGGGUAGCAAAUGUGAUUCGAGGCGUAUUAAAUUUUUGUCCUUCUGGAAGCAUUUGAGCUUGCGUUGUUUGUUUCGUCUUUUGGGAGGAAGCAUUGGUUCCUAUCCUUUAGUGUACAUUCUUUUAUCAUUUAUGAUCUCAACAACUUCACUGGGUAUGUUUAAAAUGGUGUUACGUGAUCGAAUACGUGAUGGUUAUACGCCAACUAAUGCACCAUCUAGACAUGAAAUGGAUGUUCUUCGAGAAUUUUGGAAUACUACAGGUGAUCCUAUCGUUACAGCUGUAUUGCUAACAGCUAAAGAUAACGGAUCAAUGUUACGUGAUGAUUGUUUAGAUGAAAUUGAACGUUUAACAAAUUAUUUGAUGAGUAAUCACAGCGUAAUGUACAAUAAUCAACCUGUUAUAUAUAAGAAUUUCUGUUCACCUUAUUGUGAUAUGAACAUAGCUCUAAAACUCUUCAAGCAAGGUGUUGAUGUUGAAAAAGAUUACUUGCAACGUGGUGAACAACUUCCUCAUGAUACUACUUUAUCAUAUCCUGUAGCUAAGAUUGAUGGCUUCGACAUUCAUCUAGAAAAAAACUUCUUUGGUAUUGUCCUCAAAGAUUUACCAGAUAAAGAUGCAUUUGUUGGACAAAAUAUUACGGUCGAUAAACUACCAAUAAAUACAUCUUACGCAGAGUUGCUUUCAAAUUUAAAAUUCGUUAAAGUAAUUUUGACAUUAUAUCGCGCUGAUCGCUCAUCACCUGAAAUGGAAAAAAAGCUGACAUUAUGGGAACUUUCUGUAUUUGAAUUUGCCCGAAAGCAUUACAAAAAUAAUUUAAUAGAUAUUCAGGUGAUGGGUACUGAAAUUCUCGAUCAAGAAAUGAUCAAGGAUGGACAGAAGUUGACACCUUUCUUUGCAGCUGGUUUUGGUUUCAUGAUGUUUUUUGUGACCACUACAGUUCUUUGGAGUGCAAUUUUUUAUGAUGCGAUGGAUUGGGGCAAAGCCUUAAUAGCUUUUGGCUCAAUUUUGUGCCCAAUCCUUUCCAUUACUUCAACUUACGGUCUUAUAUCUCUUUUUGGGACUAGAACUAACUCCUUUAUGCUUGUUAUGCCAUUUCUAAUUAUGGGCAUUGGUGUUGAUGAUGCAUUUCUUAUGAUUCAUUCAUGGCAACGUUUAGCAUUACAUACAAAUAGCGCUAGUUUACGUCUUGGAUUAGUUUUCGAAGAAGUUGGUCCCUCUAUAACUAUUACGUCGCUUACUAACUUUAUUUCUUUUGGUAUUGGUGCUCUCACUCCCACGCCAGAAAUACGAUUGUUUUGUAUGACAACAGCAAUUGCAAUGGGAUUAGACUAUUUAUAUGAAUUAAUUUUGUUUGGACCAAUUUUGGCACUUGCCACUCAUUGCGAAAAACGUGGAAAAAAACAUUCAAAUUCCACGUUUGUGCCAAAUACGUCUCUUACUGGAUGGCGUAUGCAGAUUCACAAUUUUUCGAGAUGGGUUCUGAAAAUGUAUUGUCGAGUUCUCGGGCAUCGUUUCUUUACGGCAUUUUUAAUGAUUGCUGUGAUUGUUUACUGGUAUUUUGCAAUCAUUGGAGCACUGAAUAUAAGAACCAGGCUGGAUACGGUGAAGAUUCUACCUCAAGAUUCCCCUUUACAAGCACCAAAUCGAAUAUUAAGUGAAAUAAUAUGGGCUGAGUAUCAUCCAGUGACUGUACUUGUAAAUAACCCAUUGGAUAUUCGAAAGCAACAAGCAAUGAAUCGGUUUUGGCAACUUGUUGAUGAGUUUGAAAGUUUGCCAGGUUGUAGAGGAAAUAUUUCAACUUUAUUAUGGCUUCGAGAUUAUCAAGCGUUUUAUGAAAGCGGUGAUAUGACUUCAAUAUUUUGGUAUAUUUUGGGUUUGGCAGAUAAUAAUACAACUGCAAAAAACAUUGCUCCAACUGAAACUGGUCUUGACUUCGACAAAUUAGACGCUUUUCUCGAGUCACCAUUUUACAGUCAUUGGAAUACGUGUGUCAGAGUAACAAAAGCACCAGAUGGUAGUCUUCGGGUAAAUCGCUUUUGGUUUUUAGUAGCUUAUCAGAAUACUUCUACUUGGGAAGUACGAAUUGAUUUAAUGCAAAAAUGGCGCCAAAUUGCUGAAAAUUACAAAGAUUUAAAUGUGACAGUUUGGGAAGCAAAUGGAAUGUUUGUAGAUCAAAUGCUUAGCUUGAAAACAGUCGCCAUUCAGACUGGCACAUUAACCUUAAUUUGCAUGACUGUUGUCUGUGCUAUAUUUAUUCCAAAUCCUUGCAGUGUUAUUACAGCUUCUAUCGCAAUAGCAUCAAUAAGUUUAGGUGUAUUUGGCUUCCUCUCCUGGUGGCACUUUGACCUUGACCCUGUAACAACAGCUGCCGUUCUCAUGUCUAUCGGUUUAUCAGUUGAUUUCACUGCCCAUGUAUCCUAUCAUCAUCAACUAAAAAAUCGGCGGGAGAUUCGAAACAACAAAAUUGUAAAAAUUGCAAUUCAAGGAACACAGGAAAAACUUGAACAUACUCUGCAAAGUGUUGGCUGGCCAAUGAUACAAGCAGGUGCAUCAACAAUCAUGUGUGUCCUACCACUGAGUUAUUCCCCAAUGGUAUUUUUCAAAACGAUUAUUUUGGUGGUUUCAUGGGGCUUAUUACAUGGACUUAUCGUCUUACCAGCAAUUCUGGGAGCAUUACCAGAAUGUUUGACUGAUGCUAAUUGCUAUCGUAAAAUUUCAUCUUCGAUAAAUCAAACGCCUUGUCAUCCCGUGAACCAACGUGAAAUGGAUCCUACUGACGGACAAGCAACGGAAUCAAACGAAUAG